CGGGAGACUUACCAGAUGACAGCGAGCACGUCAAGAAGAGUACGCUGUUCUCAUGCGACAUUGGUGGUGGUGGAGAAUGUAUGCAGACACCCAGAUACACUCGUGUCAUUCUCUAAGAUACAAGACAUGGACGGCUACGACUUGGGUUUGCGAUAUACGAUUUCAGAUCUUUCAAUGCACACUAACUGUGAAAUUUAUGCUAUUCCUGUUGUCGAUUCUAUGCAAGAGUUGGAUGGCGCGGAGAAAAAGGGUGACAUGAAAGACAGUUGUGGUGAUGACCCGACUUCGUGUUCUAGGUGUACUUCUGGGUUUGCUGGCGAUGAUGGAAAUGGUAAAGAUUGUUCACCAUUGAAACGCUCUCUAAUACGAAGAACUAGAAGACACCGAUUUCGUCACAUUACUUCAAAAAGGAAUUUGGCAAAGACGUGGAAGACUUGUUUCGCUUGCAAGCGUAAGUUUACUAACGUUCAUCGUCGGUCUUUGUGGAAGCGGAGAACACUUGUUCAAGCCGUUAUUGACAAACGACAACAAAGAAAAGCUGUUAAGACGAUGGUGUCUAACGAAGAGCAUGGGAAGGUAGAUGAGGCUGAAUUACUAUCUGUGACAGGUGUACAGGAGCACAUUGAGAUGCACGAAACGAGCAGGAAAAAACCUAAGUUUGUUGUGCAUGUGACUCUGGGACACGGAGUCGUGGUAGAGAGCAACGAAGUAAAGAGUGACUGUGAUGGCAAUCAGUUGAGUGUAACAGAUGACGUGGUGUUAUCCGAAGGAUGUCAAGCAACAGACAUAGAAAAUAUUAAGAACCACGAACAGCUGGGUGAAAGUAGAGAUUCUGGGGAUGAUGAAAAAGCGUAUUUAUUGAACCAAAAUACAGUGCCUGCAGAUAUUGAUAACUACGUAUCUAUUGAAAACACUGGAGGUACCGAUCAUCAUCACAGUGAAAGUGGUCAGCUGUUAGUAAGCAUACCUCUUGACAAAUUGAAGUUAUCACAUCGCAUGAAAGAAAGACCAAGUGGUAUGUUGCCUUGCACUUCCGAUCGUCAGUUGCGUUCUCUUGAUGCGCUAUCAUUGCAGAACAUUAAAUUUAGAAACAGUGAAGGUAUGUUAUCCUACAAUGACGACGUUAGGAACUGCAGAUCACUUCAGAACAAGUCGGCUAUGUGUGUCGACUCUGCUUCGUGCUCUGAAAGAGAAGAUGGAAGAGACGGGGGUAGCAAAUGGAAGGUAGCUGACAGAACAUUUUCGUUUAGCUCGUCGUCGGCUGCGGCAAAUGACGUGAUGGUUUCGCACGAACAAAUACUAGAAUGUGCAAGGUUGGAGAAACGAGACAGUUUGACUGACAGUGACUUUGAUGGCAUUAACGAAACUGACGAUUUGUCGACAAGAGGGUUUGGUGAUUGCAACAAGGAUAUUCUUGUUUCGGGUGAUAGUGACAGUACAUUUGAAGAUGGCGCUUCGAGUGAUGAUAAAUCAGACUUGUAUGAGGCAGGAAACAUGAGUCAAAGUAGAGGCUCUAACACCCUAUUACUUGGAAUGGCGAAAGAGCAACAGAAAUGUGACAGGUUAGCAAAUAGAAAGACUUGCUCUGCAUGUACUACACCAACCAUAGACGGCUGUGGACCAGUCUCUAAGCUUAGUGGCUUGGGUGCGCAUAACUACGCUUUACGACGCCGUGUGGUUGGAAAUCAAGGCAGCGUGAAUGCCAAAGAGUCUGAUUCUGCACUUUUACAGCACCGGCGCAGUAUCAACGACUUUCUACUAACAGAAAAGCAAAACCAAGCAGUUAAAUGUGGUGCUUCUAGUCUCGCAAUGCUAAUUGAUGAUGGAAUGAAUGGCAUUAGGUGAUCUGUCUCUUCAUUAGAAUGAUGAUUCGC